CCUUUUGAGGCUUUCUUUCCUCGGGUACAAAAUCAUCUUGUGCUUAUAGUGUCUAGAUUGCCCGUGAGCUUUACUCUGCCUCCUGUUGACGAUCUUCAGAACAAGAACAACGGUGAAGUUACCUGGAUUUUUCUUCUUGGUAGUUACCUGAAAUUUCUCAAUUCUAAUGGCGAACAUCAAUUUCAGCAGCAACCGCAAUCCCAGCCACGUUUUCAACAGAAACAGCCGACGCCACGCCAGCACCAGUCUUUGGCCUCUCACUUUCAUCUCCUCCAUCUGGUGGAGAAUUUGGCCGAUGUGACUGAAAAUGGGACGAGAGAUCAGCAAGAGGAUCUAUUGGUUGGUGAUUAUUCAUUUUAUAGAUCUAAGGAUCAGUUCAUGAGGAGAAAGGAAGACAUGAGGAGAAAGGAAGACCCGGCUUGA